AUGAUUCAGAACAUUGAGAAGACAGCUCUGCUCUCUGAGUAUGUUAAUCUGCUUACUGCUGAGAUGGAACCUGAGACAGCAGAUCAGAAAAUGUGGGAUUUUGAGACACAGAUUGACCUGGCUGAGAGAAAGCAGCAGAAACCCUUCUCUGAGAAGACAGUGAAGAAAGAUUUUGAGAUGAUUAUCAUCUCAGAUGAGAAGAAGAAGAAGAAGAAGAAGAAGAAGAAGAAGAAGAAGAAUGAGAAGUGA